CGCACUCACUGUGUCAAGCUAGUAAUCAUUCAAUGGCUCAACAGGCGAAGCAAGCGGCACAACGACUUGGCGGUAUGUUCCCCAAGGGUUCCGGAAAGGGAAUUGGAGGAGCAGCAGGUGCUAUCAUUACCCUCGGUGCUCUCGGUUAUGGCAUCAAUGCUUCUCUUUUCAACGUUGAUGGUGGUCACCGUGCUAUCAAGUACACUCGUCUUUUUGGCGUCCAAAACAAGAUUUACAAUGAAGGAACUCAUUUCGUCGUUCCCUGGUUCGAAACUCCCAUUAUCUACGAUGUCCGAGCCAAACCUCGCAAUGUUGCUUCUUUGACUGGUACCAAGGAUCUUCAAAUGGUCAACAUUACUUGCCGUGUGCUUUCCAAGCCUCGAGUAGACCAGCUUGCUACUGUCUACCGUACUCUUGGACAGGACUAUGACGAGCGUGUCCUUCCUUCUAUCGUCAAUGAAGUUCUCAAGUCAGUUGUUGCUCAAUUCAACGCCUCUCAACUUAUCACUCAGCGUGAGCGAGUGUCUCGCCUUGUCCGUGAGAACCUUGUUCGCCGCGCUCUCCGUUUCAACAUUGUCCUCGAUGAUGUUUCCAUUACCCAUGUUGGCUUCAGUCCCGGUUUCGAAGGUGCUGUCGAAGCUAAGCAAAUUGCUCAGCAGGAUGCACAGAGAGCUGCUUUCGUCGUUGACAAGGCUAGACAAGAGAAGCAAUCCAUCAUUGUCCGCGCUCAGGGUGAAGCCAAGAGUGCAGAACUCAUUGGUGAAGCUAUCAAGAACAAGCCUGGUUUCUUGGAUUUGAAGAGAAUUGACACUGCUCGUGAAAUCUCUCAAGUCAUUGCUAGAAGCGGCAACAGAGUCAUGUUGGAUUCCGACACCUUGUUGCUUAAUGUCAACGCUAACAAGAAUGCCGCUGAAAAGUCCAAAUAACUCAUGUGUAAAAAAACAUCAACCCUUACAAAUUGACCUGAAGAGUAAUAAAAAUUAUCGCAGAAUUUAGAGUUUUGUAAAAGCCCCUCUCAA